AUGGAAUGCCAAAAGUGCAAAAAAAGCCUAUCUAAAAAAGGAUCCCAUUUCAUUUGUCAAGGACCUUGCCAAGGAACUUUCCACCGGAACUGCGUGAAGGGAUUAGCCGCUGAUAUGAAAGCGGGUAAAAACAGAAUUUACUGCAAUAAUUGUGAGGAGGAGGAGGGAAGUGAUGAUGAUGAACCAGAUGCAGAAGAGGAUACCUGUGACCUUCAAAAAAUGUUGAAAGACAUACAAAAGAAGGUCGGCGCUAUACCUGAACUAAAAGUACAUCUGGAUGUAAUCAAGCACAGCAUAAGUUUACUGUCUGAUAAGUACGACUCCCUUAUAAAGGAGCACGAACAAGCUAAGGAUAAAAUUGCUAAGCUUGAGAAGUCAUCAUUAAACACUACCAAUAGAUGUGUAUACUUAGAGAAGUGCAACUUAGCUCUCGAACAAAAAUUGAACGAAUAUGAGCAAUCAUCGCGCAAAUUAAACAUUGAAAUCGUAGGAGUAGAAUACCUACCUAAUGAAAAUGUGAAAGAUAUAGUAACUAAAAUAGGUGAUGAAAUAGGAGUGAGUAGUCACAACAUCGAGUGGGUGAAGCGUAGUCGACCAGCAAAACAAGGGGCAAAACCAUCUCCUAUAAUCAUAGGAUUCAAGGCAUCAGGAGUAGAAUGUAGAAAUAAAUGGUUGGAGAAGCGCCGCCAGAUGUUUGAAAAAUCCAUAACCAGUAACAUGAUUAUUCCCGGCGGAUCGGUAAACAACAGAAUAUAUAUUAAUGAAGAUCUCAUACCAACAACAAGAGCCUUGUUAUGGAACGCGAAAAAACAACUCCAUGGUGUCUGCAAAUAUAUUUGGGUAUCAAACGGAAAAAUCCUGGUGAAGAAAGCGGAAGGCGAAAAAACCAUAUGGUUAAGGUCUCAAAGUGAUAUAAGUGAUUUAAUGAAAUGAAUGUUCGUAACUAUGGACGUUCUAGAUUGCAGGUACCUACUUUUUAUUUAUAUUAUUAACAUAUGUUUUACCUAUGUCUACCUAAAUUAAGUAAAAUUCGCAGAUUUCAAUGAUAUUAAUAUAAUAAACGAAAAUAUUGUAAACUUUAACUCUGUUGAUGAUAUUAAUGUUUGGUUAAAACCAUUAAAACCAUUCGCAAACACAAAAACACUAAGUGUAUUACAUAUAAAUAUACGUUCUAUAGUUAAACACUUUAGUGAAUUGUUAGUAACAAUAGGCAAUUGCAUUGAUUUGUUAGAUAUAAUAGUCUUAACAGAAUCUAAUAUAAAUUACUCAUUAUUAUCAUUUUAUAAUAUUAAAGGGUACAACCUAAACAGUUAUGUUAGAACGGGUCGUAGCGGUGGUGGCGUGUUGGUGUACACGCGCGCUGAGUUGUGUGCAAGUGUGUGUGACCUAGCAACACCCGCAAAUUGUGCGCGGGCGGCGGAGUACGUUUCCAUUACACUUGAUUAUAAUAAUGAACAGAUACACCUUUUAUCAAUUUACAGGCCUC